GGCCACGCCUGGGAGUCCGCAAUCGGGUGCAAUGGGUAUUGCAACAUGGCAGACCAGUUCAACCUCGACUAUCUUUACUCGCUGACCGAGUCUAACGACCCCGUGCCCGACGCUGCCAGCACUCGCAGCUUCGGAGCCAGGACCGCGGAUAAGCAAGGCGGAACCCAGCAGGGACGACGAGCCUGGCAGCGGCGACUGCGUCCAGAUGACCAACAACAUGGCCACACCUCUACCAAGAGCAAUCACAGCAGCGCAUUUUUCGGCGCCACCGGCCACCAUAAUAAACACGUAGUAGGCUCGCCGGGCGCAGCGUACUCCGCGCAGCUGACCGCAUCGCUCAUGUCCCGUCCGUACACCGCUCCUCUCUCGGUCCUCGUCACCGCGUGGUCAAGUCUGUACCUCGCCAUCCUAUGGCUAUACUUUUCCCUCAUUUUUGCCCUCUGCUUCAAGAUCGCUUGGCAUUCCAUCUUGCGAAAACCCAGCCAUCUGUUUCGCAAGCUGAAGCUCUAUGGCAGCGAGCGUAGCGCACUCUCCGAAUCGUCCUCCUCCGCUGCAAUUGAUGCCCUCCACGACAAGCGCACAAGCGCACAGAUACGCGAAAUCGCAUUCGAGCGUAGCGGAGAGGUCCUCCUCUGGCUCGGUCUAGCGGUGCUGAGCCUAGGCACAACGUGGUACCACAUGAUCCGCUACCUGCUUUGGUCCUACCAGACCUUUUUGCAUAAGGCGAAACUCGCACAGCUUCUCCCGCCCGUGCGUCAUGCUGCAGAUGCGAGAGCAGGCGCAACGCUUUCGCCAUCGUCGACGCUAUCGACGCACAUCACCCAUGCGGUACAUCUAUCGCAGACCACGCUCGAACGCAUGCAUGUCUGGCUACGCGAGACAAGCUUGUUCAAAGAAGCAUGGCUGCUGGUUGUUGGCAACGAGCUGAAUUGGUGGUGGAGCGCAGAGGUCUGCAUUUUCACUGUCGGCGUCUGGGCUCUUUUCCUCAGGCAAAGAGGGGGUCGCUCGUCCAUUCCUUCUGUCUGGGCGUUCAUGCUUCUGGGCCAAGUCGUUGCCAUCUCUUUCGCGCAGAACCUCUUCCACCUUGCCCUUGUGCUUGCGCCACCAGAGUCAGGUAGAAUAAGCAUCUCAUGCUCCUCCGUCUCCGCGAAAGAAGACGACAUGGAGCUCGUGCGAGCCAUCAGCACGAACACAGACGAAGUCUUGCGUCUGUACACCGAAACCACCGAAGUGGAAUGCGAGCAGAUUGACAAUACGAUGAGCGCCACAGGUCGGAGCAGCAGAAGUGACACAAUCGGUACCACUAACACGACCCGGCGCAUCUGGAAACAGACGCGCGCCAUCACGCCUCCGAGCAUCGGUCGCACACUAGACGUGCUCGUCAUCGCGCCUGUGCUCGUAUUCGCCGUGCGCGCCGUCUGGUUCGUGCCAUCCACUCUGCCCCGCAUCCUCAUCAUGCACCUCUUUCCACUCCUCCUCUCCCUCUAUCCAACCUUUGCCGGGGGUCUACUUGCUCGGCUACGAAGCAAAUUGAGAAUCUACAUCGAGCAUGUCAUGCCCACCCGGCAUCUCUUGGCGCUGUCGAUGCUCGCGCAGCCUAGCGCUGUGUACGCGCUUCUGGCACUCGCAGCGGCCAUUAUGCGCAUCGCGAACACUUACGCAGCCUACGGCGUGCUAAAAAUAUCUUUGCAGCAUGUCACCGGCCUCCAAAGCGCCAGGCCGGGUAUCCGGAUGCUUUGCGGCGCGUUAUUCCAACGUACCUUCUUUUCGCAUCCAGCGCAGAGCAGCAUUAGCUUCGACAACGUGUGCAUCGGGAUCAGCAGCGCCGCGUGGAUCAUGAUCGAUAUGAGCAGAAACAUGGACAAGUCGCGUAGUGCGCGUUCUGCGAGAGGGGCGGGAGAAGAGCAGAGAAGCAGCUUACUUUUCAAUCUCGCGUUCGAAAGUGCUGUGGUAGCGUUGAUCACCAUCAUUGCAGGGCCUUCCGUCACCAUGGCUGCAUAUGUUGCUGUGGACGAGCACAGACGAGAACAGAGCAUGCUUGCCGCCGAAAAGCGCUUAAUAGUAGCUGGCGCUACUCCUGAUGCGCCUUCAGCAAGGUCGACUACAGUUUCAUGCUCGCGUCCGCGUACAGCUCAAUCUGAUCUGAAGGAGCGUGCGCGAUACAUUCUCGUGAACGAAGUGAUCGAAGAGACCAUUGUGCGUUCCAACCCCGGAAGGGUGCGACGUUGAAAGGGUGCGAUUGACGCUCGCAGAAGCAUGCAAGCCAUUUUGUAUAACGGCUUCAAUCGUUGCAUCAAUCAUGACUCGCAAUCAGAUGCCGUACAUGG